CCUGAGACUUGAAAAGUCAUGGCACAAGAGGAGUCUGCCUCGUCCGCUGCUCUUCUUCUCAAUUUCGAUGAUACUUCCUUGUCAUCACUGAUUCAUCAUGAUUCUGAUGAUCAUGAAGCUGAUAUUUGUAUCGAUCCGACGAUGAUGUCCGAUGCCAAAUACGCAGAAGAGUUGCAGGUUCAAGAGGUUAUAAUGGCGUCUUCUUCCUUCAUUUUCCAAACAAUGAAGAACAACACCGCGUCGUGCUCCUCGUCGACUCUGACAAUCCCAGCAACCCAAACAGUCCCAUUCACUGCAAACCAUGAAGUCUUUGACUCAGAAGCCCAAGUUUCAUCCCAAACCCUAUGUGGUAUUUGUGUUGAAGUCAAAGAGAAAGACCGGAUGUUCUCAAACGAAAGCUGUGCUCACUCCUUCUGCUCAGAUUGCAUAACCAAACAAGUGGCUGCGAAACUUGACGAGAGCUUUCACAUUGUUUUCUGCCCUGGGUUGGAUUGCAAAGCAGUCCUCACACUCGAGGAAUGUGCCCCAAUUCUCCCCAAACUGGUUCUGGAAAAGUGGAAUGAUGCUCUCUGCGAAGCGCUAUUUCUGGGGUUGCAGAAAAUCUACUGCCCUUUUAGUGAUUGCUCCAUGGUUUUGGUGAUCGAGAACGAAGGGGAGAGUGUGAGAGAGUCAGAGUGCCCUGCUUGCCACAGGCUGUUCUGCGCCGGCUGUCGGGUUUCGUGGCAUUCCGGGGUUGAUUGUGAGGAGUUUCAGAGGCUCAAUGACGAUGAGAGGGGGAGGGAAGAUCUUAUGGUGAAUCAGCUUGCGAAGGAGAAGAAGUGGAUGAGGUGCCCCAGGUGCAAAUUCUAUGUGGAGAAGACUGAUGGUUGUUUGCACAUUGUUUGCAGGUGCCAAUUUCAGUUCUGUUAUGGUUGUGGAGCAGAAUGGACAAAUAACCAUGGUGGCUGCCAGUCUCAGUGCAACAGAACUUAACUGAUGGAUAAGGAGGCAGCCACAAUAUAGUUAUGUUUUCUUUGUCGUCCAUGUAUUUAGUUACGCUUUUGUUGCUUUGGAAGGCUCAUAUGCGUUGAUAUAUUCAACAAAAAUGCAGCAUUGCUGUGCUUGUAGAUUUGUCUUCAGGAUUUCCUUGAAAAACUCGAUAUUAUUAUGCAGAAAAAUACUCUGCCCUAAUCUGAAUCUAAAGCUUGAGCAUCUCAUUUGUGG